AUGGUCGUUGAAAUUCAAUCUCCGUGGAGAAUGUACUUUGAUGGUGCUGCACAAUGUGAUGGAGCUGGUGCUGGUGUGGUGUUUGUUACUCCGCAGGGAGAAGUUCUACCAUACUCCUUUACUUUGACACAACGUUGCUCCAACAAUGUCGUUGAAUAUCAAGCACUAAUAAUUGGACUUGAAAUGGUCGUCGACAUAAAGCAGUUGCAGUUGCAAGUCUUUGGUGACUCUCAGUUGGUGAUCAAUCAACUCUUGGGAAGCUACGAAGUCAAGAAUCCUGAAUUACUCCCCUAUCAUGGUUAUGCUCAGAAGUUGAUAGGAUGGCUUGGUGAUGUGACUCUUCAGCAUGUUCCUAGGAGUGAAAAUAAGAAAGUUGAUGCUUUAGCUGCUCUAGCUUCAGCACUUACUCUGCCAGAUCAAAAACAAGUGACUAUCUGUCAAAAAUGGGUAGUACCUCCGUCAAAUGAGGAUGAAGGCCCGGAAAGUGAGCUUGAGCAUCUCGUAGCUGUUUCUGAAGCUGCAAAGGAAGACUGGCGACAACCCAUCAUUGACUACUUAAGUUAUGGGAUACUGCCAGAAGACUCAAGAAGAAGAACUGAGAUUCGUCGUCGUGCACCUAGAUUCCUUUACUACAAGGAUACCUUAAAUAGAAGAUCUUUUGAGGGGAUACUCUUGCGAUGUUUGGGGGAGGAUGAAGCAGUCCAAGCUUUGCAAGAAGCACAUUCAGGAGUAUGUGGAUCACAUCAAUCUGGACCAAAGCUCCACUUUCACAUAAAAAGUAUAGGAUAUUAUUGGUCAACGAUGGUGAAAGACUGCUUGGACUAUGCUCGAAGAUGCAAGGCUUGUCAGUUUCACGCGAAUUUUAUACAUCAGCCGCCCGAAGCAUUACACCCGACUGCCGCAUCUUGGCCAUUUGACGCUUGGGGGUUGGAUGUCGUUGGUCCGUUGCCGAAAUCUUCUGGUGGAAACUUAUACAUCUUGGCUACAACUGAUAAAUUCUCAAAAUGGGCCGAAGCUGUUGCUCUUAAAGAAGCGAAGAAGGAGAAUGUUACAAACUUCAUCCGGGUAAAUAUCAUCUGCUGCUUCGGCAUUCCUCAUUACAUAAUAACGGACAAUGGCAAGCCAUUUGAUAACAAAUUGAUGAACAAGAUUUGUGAUCUCUUCAGUUUCACGCAGCGUAAAUCUUCUAUGUAUCAUGCUGCUGCCAACGGUCUAGCUGAGGCGUUCAAUAAGACUCUGUGUAACUUGUAG